AUGGAAACCGCCACAGUGAGAGACGUUCUUAGCCACCAGCAGCUGCCCGCCCAAAUCCACGUCGUGAGCAAGACCGCGACGGUGAAGGAGGUCCUCGACACGCUCUACCGCCACCACAUCCUCGCCGCGCCCGUCGUCGACUUCGAAUCCAAGUGCGAGGGCCUUAUCGACGUGCUCGACGUCCUGUCCUUCCUGCUCCAGGUCGCCUCUGAGCCCGUCGAGUCGCGCGUCUCGCCCCUCUCCACCACCCUCCACAACGACGACAUGGACAUGCUCGUCCAGCGCAGCGAGCGCUUCAACACCACCAACGUCGCCACCGGGGUCAACCUGUCCACCAGAAACCCGUUCCUGCCCUGCACGCUGGGCGCGCCGCUGAUCGAAGUGCUGCGCAACUUCGCCCGCGGGGUGCACCGCGUGCCGGUGGUGGACUCAGAGGACCCGACGCGCAUCGUGGCGAUGCUCACGCAGACCGACGCCAACCGCUUCCUCGCGACCGACCCCGAGAAGUACCUGGGCCAGGCUCGCGCCCACGCCUCGAUCACCGAUCUGGGCCUCGUGGCCGGCGCCGACAAGGUCGUCACCGUGCCCACCUCGACCAAGGCCAUCGACGCCUUCAUCACCAUGCACGCAAAGGGCCUGAGCGCCCUGGCGGUGGUAGACGCCGAGGGCGCGUUCCAGGGCUGCCUCAGCGCGACCGACCUGAAGCUGAUCACCGACUACCGGUUCCAGGCGCUGCUGCUGCCCGUCGUCGAGUUCCUCGAGCACGUGCGGAAGGAGGAGGGCCGCACCUGCAAGAGCUACCGCGUGUGGUGCAUCCCCACCACGCCCCUGCAGACGGUGGUGAAGAAGCUCGCCGAAGAGCGCGUGCACAGGGUGUUCGUGGUCGACCCCGUCUCCAUGAAGCCCCUGGGCGUCGUCUCGCUCACCGACAUCGCCCGCAUCGUCACCGCCAAGGCCUGA